AUGGAUCGAUACAAAGAUUUCACGACUGGCCAAAAUUGGACAGGACUGUCGGACUACGUGAAGAAGCUGCACAGCUGGGGAAUGCGCACUAUUCUCAUCUUCGAUCCAGCGAUUCAAGUUGAUUACGAAUCUUUCCAACGAGGUGUUGACGCGAAGGCUCGCUUCAUAGAAUGGGAACGAGCGGAUCAAGUAAUGCGGUCAAUACAGGUACAUAAUUAA